GUUAUUGACUGCGUAAGCAAGUGCGCGCCGUGGGAAACCUGACUAGCCGCAUGGCUGCGGGUUGCUCAGCGUCUCCGCGGCCGAAGGCGGCCUCAGAAGGGCCGGUGGUGGGACCGGCCGGCGUCUUGCCUUGCCUAGAAUUGCCUACCUACGCGGCCGCCUGUGCGCUCGUGAAUAGCCGCUACUCCUGCCUGGUGGCGGGGCCGCACCGAAGACACAUCGCACUGUCGCCGCGCUACCUUAACAGGAAACGCACCGGUAUCCGAGAACAGCUCGAUGCCGAGCUCCUGCGCUAUUCCGAGAGCCUUUUAGGUGUACCCGUUGCUUAUGAUAACAUCAAAGUAGUGGGUGAAUUAGGAGAUAUUUAUGAUGAUCAGGGACACAUUCAUCUUAACAUUGAAGCAGAUUUUGUUAUUUUCUGCCCUGAACCAGGGCAAAAACUUAUGGGUACAGUUAAUAAAGUGUCUUCCAGCCACAUUGGCUGUUUAGUACACGGGUGCUUCAAUGCCUCCAUUCCUAAACCUGAGCAGAUGCCAGCCGAGCAGUGGCAGACUCUGGAGAUAAACAUGGGUGAUGAACUAGAAUUUGAAGUAUUUCGUUUAGACUCAGAUGCUGCUGGAGUAUUCUGCAUUCGGGGAAAACUGAAUAUCACUAGUUUACAAACCAAGUGCUCUGCAGUUUCUGAAGAAGUAACAGAAACUGGCACUGAAGAAGCUACUGAAAAACCUCAAAAGAAGAAAAAGAAAAAGAAGAAAGACCCAGAGCCAUAUGAAGUGGAAAGUGGUAUCACAGAGCUAGCAGAUUUUGCAGAUGUUACCAUGAAGGAAGAGACAGAUCUGCAGAUUAGUAACAAUGUGAAUGGCCUCUGGAAGGAAGAGCCAAAGAAGAAGAAAAAGCACCAGGACCCUGUUUUCCAAGGCAGUGACUCCAGUGGUUACCAAAGUGACCAUAAAAAGAAAAAAAAGAAAAGAAAGCACAGUGAGGAGGCUGAAUUUGCACCACUUUUGGAACAUGCACCAAAAAAGAAAAGGGAAAAGUAAUUUUCUUUAGUGCAUUUUAAACAUGAUUUGGUUUUUUAAAAAUUGAUUUACACAAAAGAGAUGACUAAAGUUUGAACUAUGAAAUGUUUUGUAUUCCAGAACUUUGCAAAACAGGGAACAUUUGAUGAGGAGUUGAGUUUUUGGUGCUAAAAUUACAAAACAGAUAAAUUUGGGAAAUGCCAGUGUUAUUAAAGUGCUAUUUUACUAUAGACAGAAUAGAAAGGUAAGCUGCCCUCAAUCUCAACUCCUUCAUUCUUCCAGUGUAUACAUUCUAAAUAAAAUGAUUUCUACAGUCUGCAAAAGGACUUUUAAAAUAUAGUGUUAUUUCAUAUCAUACAGAAUGAGUUUUGAGCUUGGGCUUUAGGGGUUUUUUGUUGUUACAGGUUUCACAUUUAGUCAUGAUAUUACAUGACAUGCUAUUUUGCUUUGUUUAAAUUACCAGUUUUAGGAUUUCUUUUAUCAUGGCUACUACAGUAUUUCUACUGUUUAACUUAGAAUGGUUUGCCAAAGGAGUUUCUGAAGUUUCCAGAGCUCUUAAGAACCUUGCCACUACUGACUGUGUGGUAGGAAACAAUAUUCACUAUUCUUUUCUUCUAGGUGCAUGUAUGUUGUUUUCCUUUCUCUCUCAGUCUAAGAGGUUGAUGGAGAGGCUGUUUUCUGACACUCGUUCAUCUGUGCCUCAACCAUUCUGCUUUUGUUGUGUGUUGGAGAGGAGGAGAGUCUGCUGAAGACAGGAAAAAUGUGAUUCUGACUAGUGGGGAACUUCCCUACUUUUAAUAUUUGAGUUAAGCUACUAGAAAUUAUUAUGAAGAGAAAACAGCUAUUCACUGCUUUCACUGAGAAAAUGUGGAAUAUGUCUUAACUAUUGGAAAACAGUGAAGAAUGAAAUGACAAGCUGGUUGAGCCUGAAAAUCAGUGCAAGGUUGUGUUCGUUCAGGUAACAGGUAUUUGAUGAUCUGUGUGUAAAACACAUUCUACUGAGGUCCAGGGGUAUAAUGGCAAACAAGGUAGAAAUAAUUCCUUCCCUCAUGGAAUGUCAUAGGAAAAACAGAUGCACAUACACAAUAUAAGUAAGAAAUACAGAAAAUUACUAAUUGUGGUAAGUGCUACAGAGAAAAAGAAGAUUGUCUACUCACUGUUAGUUGUGAUCCAUGGCAGCCAUUUUCAUUGCCAUUUAUCUAGUAUCAGACAUAGUACUGGUCUUACAUUGUUUAAUGUUUGUUAAUGUAUGGGUUCCCAAAGUAGUAGAUCCAAUCUGCAAUGAUGGAAUAUAGAAUUUGGAGAGUGGCAGUCAUUCACAAUGUUUGUCUACAAGCACAUGUGCCAGACAGUGGAAAUGUGCAGGCCAGUAUCUUUCCUUAUCAUUAGGUUCAUGUGGGUAUUUAGCCCUCAAAAUGUAGCUAGUCCAAAUAGAGAUGAGGUAUCAGUAUAAAAUACACAUCAGAUUUGAAGAUGUACAAAACAUGUAAAAUAUCUCAAUUUUGUAUAUUGGUGAGAUUAUAAUAUUUUGGUACAGUGGGGUAAAUAAAAUGUUACAAUUAAAUCAGCUUUUUUCAUUUUUUUUUUAAAGAUUAAAAAUUGCAUCUGAGGGGCCCACAUUAUCUUUGUUUUGGACAGCACUGGUUUAAAGGAAGGAUGAUUUGAAAAGAAAGAUUUAAAACAAGCUAUACCAUAUUCUCAAGAGUUUAAUGUAGUACCAUACCCAGAAAAUGUCAUAUAAAUACUUCCUUUAAAUUUUUAAAUUUAAAUACAUAAUUAUAAUGUCUGACUUAAUGUGAAAAAUUAAUGUUUAGUGAAACAAUUCUAAAUCCCUUCUGGUAAAUACUAAGGAAGCUGUUAAAUUGAUGCUAUUCAUGGAAAAAUACUUUGUGGCUUAGCAAAAUAAAUUCCCACAUAUUUAUUGUA